AUGAGAACAGGAAGCUGUUCCGUGCAACAAGGCCUAACCACAGAGGCUGCAAGCAUAGUGAAACAAGCUGUGACCCUUGCAAAGCGUCGUGGCCAUGCUCAAGUGACACCACUACACGUGGCAAACACUAUGCUCUCAGUUAACAAUGGUUUGUUGAGAACCGCUUGUCUCCAAUCUCAUUCUCACCCUCUUCAAUGCAAGGCCUUGGAGCUUUGCUUCAAUGUUGCGCUGAAUCGUUUGCCAGCAUCAACUUCAAGCCCCAUGUUGGGAACACAUCACUCUCAGUGUCCUUCAAUUUCAAACGCUUUAGUUGCUGCGUUCAAGCGUGCUCAGGCUCACCAACGACGUGGAUCCAUUGAGAAUCAACAACAACCACUCUUGGCAGUGAAAAUAGAGCUCGAGCAACUCAUAAUUUCAAUCUUGGAUGAUCCUAGUGUUAGCCGUGUCAUGAGAGAAGCUGGGUUUUCUAGUCCUCAAGUGAAAAGCAAUGUUGAACAAGCUGUGUCUUUGGAAAUAUGCUCUCAGAAUAACAAUAACAAUACCAAUACUAUCCCUUCUUCUGUGAGUAGCAACAAUUCAAGAGAGAACAAUAACCUAACCCUUUCUCAUCAUCAACAAGCUGGUGAAGAGAACGUUCCCAACAACAAAGCAUUGGUAUUGGAUCCAGUUAGGGGUGAGGACAUAACAAGUGUCAUAGAAAAUUUGGGGGAUCAAAGAAAGAGAAGUGUUGUGAUUGUUGGAGAGUGUUUAGCCACUCUUGAGGGUGUAGUUAGAGGAGUGAUGGAUAAGGUUGACAGAGGGGAAUAUGUUGGUGAGUCUCUUAGAGGUGUCAAGUUUAUCUCUCUUUCUCUUUCUUCUUUUGGCCAUGUUUCAAGGGUAGAGGUUGAGCAAAAGAUUGAAGAGCUUAAGAGUCUUGUAAAAACAACCUCUCAUGGAAAAGGGUAUGUUUUGAAUCUUGGAGAUCUUAAAUGGGUGUUUGAUUAUAGAGACCGUUUUAGCCAGCAAGGGAGAGCUUGUUAUUGUUCUGUGGAUCACAUGAUAAUGGAGAUUGGAAAGCUGGUGAGUGGGGUUGGAGAGAACAAUGGAAGGUUUUGGAUUAUGGGUUUUGCAACUUUUCAGGCUUACAUGAGAAGUAAAAAUGUUCAACCAUCAUUGGAAACUCUUUGGGGUCUUCAUCCUAUUACUAUCCCUGCUGGAAGCUUGAGCUUGAGUCUCAUCACUGACAGUGGUCUACAGAAUCAGGCCACCAACAAGAAAGCUGACAAUAGAACUAGCUGGCUAUUACUUGAAGGAUUGGGUGAUGAUCAGAAAAAACAACCAGCUUGCUUUGCGGAACCCUCAGCAAAGAUUGAGACCGAAGUUCGAAGCUUGCAGAGCAGUACUUGCAACAGUGAUUCCUCAAAUUCAAGCCUUCCUGCAUGGCUCCAACAGUACAAAAAUGAGAAUAAAGGAAUUGUCUAUAAUGAUCAGAACUGUGUCCCAGUGGGAGAGCUUUGCAAAAAGUGGAACUCAAUGUGUAGUUCAAUCCAAAAACAACCUUAUCCUUGUGACAAAACCCUCACAUUAUCUUCGGUAUCACCUUCUUCAUCUACUUCAGGCUUCUCAUUCGAGCCGCAACAUCCUAAUUUAAACCGAACCUACCAUGAGUGGCCAGUGGCCGAACCCGAACCUAACCAAUCACUCAACAACCACCAUUUCUUGAUCUCUGACUGUGGUAGCAACAAGCCCAAUGAACCCACUUUGCGAGUGUUCAUCCCAGAGAGUAAGGACCCUAACCAACCAUUCUCAUCAACAAAUCCUUGUUCUAACCCUAAUUCAGCUUCUUCUAGCGACAUCAUGGAAAUGGAGUAUGUGAGCAAGUUCAAAGAGCUCAGUUCAGAGAACCUGAAAACUCUAUGCAAUGCUUUGGAGAAAAAAGUGCCAUGGCAGAAAGAUAUAAUACCGGAAAUUAUAAGCACCCUUUUGCAAUGCCGUUCUGGGAUGCUAAAAAGAAAAGGGAAAGUCAGAAGCAAUGAGGUUAAAGAAGAAACAUGGUUGUUUUUCCAAGGUGUUGAUAUGGAAGCUAAAGAAAAAAUAGCAAGAGAAUUGGCUCGGCUUGUUUUUGGAUCUCAGAGCAACCUCGUUUCAAUAGCCCUUAGCAGUUUUGCAUCAACAAGAGCAGAUUCAACUGAAGAUUGCAGGAAUAAAAGAUCAAGAGAUGAAGCAAGUUGCAGUUACAUUGAGAGGUUUGGAGAUGCAAUCUCUAUAAACCCUCAUAGGGUUUUUCUAGUUGAAGACAUAGAGCAAGCAGAUUAUUGUUCUCAACUUGGUUUCAAAAGAGCUAUUGAGAGAGGAAGAGUUAAAGAUUCAAAUGGUGAAGAGGUUUCACUUUGUGAUGCUAUCAUCAUUCUGAGCUGCGAAAGUUUCAGUUCAAGAUCAAGAGCUUGCUCUCCAUCGGUCAAACAAAAAUCUUCUGAGGGUUCUCAAGUUGACAAGGAUGAUGUUGCUACUUUGGAGGAGACAAGCCCUUACGUUUCUUUGGAUUUGAAUAUUUCCAUUGAUGAUGAUUGUGAUGAGCAUCGUUCGAUCGAUGACAUUGGGCUUCUUGAAUCCGUAGACAGAAAGAUUAUCUUCAAAGUUCAGGAAUUGUGAUGAAAAGAAUUUCAGGAACACCUAAUCUUUUUUUUUUUUUUUUGUUGGGGUCCUUUUUUUGACUUCUUUUAAUUCUCUUUAUUCAUCAAUAUGUCUUUGUAUUCUCGGACAUUUUCCUAGGGCUAGGGAUGAAAGAAAUUGCGUGCCCUUUAAUUUUAUUUAUGUACCUACAUGUAUAUU